CUACAAGCAUUCUUUCGACAGCCAAAGGUCGCAUGGUGUCAGGGACGCGCCUUGUCACGGGAACUGUAAUAGAGCGCGUUCUCGUAAACCAAGAUCGCGCUUGAAUAGCAAAGAGAAUCAAAAACAGCGUGCGAAGAUUCAACCUAAUGGUUAUAUUAGGUCAGAACAAUACGUCGAUGCUUUACAUGCAGUAUUUUGCUGCGCACAAUUCCAUUUUAUUUUGUUUUGGAAAGGAUUGACUAUACAAACUCAUCUGUAUGAUCGGGGGACAGGAGCGCACAGUAUGGUCCGGGAAACCAGACAUCUAUGGGUGGGAAAUUUACCCGAAAAUGUUCGAGAAGAGAAAAUCAUUGAGCACUUCAAACGAUAUGGGCGUGUUGAGAGUGUCAAGGUGCUACCAAAGCGAGGGUCAGAAGGCGGAGUUGCAGCCUUUGUGGAUUUCGUGGACAUUAAAAGUGCUCAGAAGGCUCACAAUUCUAUCAAUAAGAUGGGGGACAGAGACCUUCGCACUGAUUACAAUGAGCCGGGCACAAUCCCUAGUGCCGCGCGAGGGCUGGACGAUAAUCUGAGUUUAGGCUCCCGUGCCCGGGAAGUUUCAGGGUUCACGAGAGUAGCAGGGGGCCCAGUGUAUGGGCCCCUUGCGUCGCUCCACACCAGAGAAGGACGCUUUGAACGCAGACUAGACGGGACCGCUGAGAGUCGGGAACGUGCAUACGAUCACAGUGCCUAUGGACAUCAUGACCGUGCUGGUAGCAGCUUUGACCGCCAACGCCACUACGAAACGGAUUACUACCGCGAUGGCAGGGAGAGGACUCUUAGCGCUGGAGGGAGUGUCUCCAGCGUUGUCAGUGGAGCUGGUGGAUCUGUCCCGGCUGGAGUUGGCGCGAGUAUUGUGGGUGCUGGUGCCAAUGGCAGCGGGGCACCUGGGAUCAGUGGUACUGUCGUGGGAGGGAGCGGAGCAUCCGUGUCCUCCGGAGUGGGCUACUAUCGUUCGCUUAGCCGGAGCCCUUGUCGCUUUGAGGCCACGGACCCUCGGUAUGACCCCCGUGCAAGAGAACCCUUCACCCUGGCCAGCGCGGUCCACAGGGAUCUUUACAGAGAACAGAGGGGACGUCGCGGGGAACGAACUUUCCACCACAGUCGAAGCCGGUCUCCUCACUCGUCGCACUCGCGGAACCCCUCUCCGCAAAGGCUGGCCAGCCAGGCCACGUGCCCGCCUCGCUCCCACAGCAGUUCCAGAUCCCGAAGCCGGUCCUCUAGUUCCGACUCUGUCAGCAGCACUAGCAGCAGCACCAGUGACAGUGAUUCCAGCAGUAGUUCGAGUGAUGAUUCCCCAGCUCGAUCUGUCCAAUCAGCUGCUGUCCCUGCACCAUCAGCACUUCCUCUACCUGCUCUUGACAAGGAUGAGCCUCGCAAAAGUUUUGGCAUCAAAGUCCAGAAUCUUCCUGUGCGAUCUACAGAUACGAGUCUGAAAGAUGGCCUGUUCCAUGAGUUUAAGAAGUAUGGAAAGGUAACAUCGGUGCAAAUCCACGGAGCAUCAGAGGACCGGUAUGGCCUCGUUUUCUUUCGCCAGCAAGAGGACCAGGAGAAGGCCUUCAGUGCAUCGAAGGGGAAGCUGUUUUUUGGCAUGCAAAUUGAUGUCACUGCCUGGAAUGGCCCUGAGACAGAGAGCGAGAACGAGUUCCGGCCUUUGGACGAGAGGAUAGAUGAAUUUCACCCCAAAGCCACACGAACGCUCUUUAUUGGCAAUCUGGAGAAGACCACAAGCUACCAUGACCUCCUCAACAUAUUUCAACGCUUUGGGGAAAUUGUGGAUAUUGACAUCAAGAAAGUUAAUGGUGCCCCUCAAUAUGCCUUUCUGCAAUACUGCGAUAUCGCCAGUGUUUGCAAAGCCAUAAAGAAGAUGGAUGGGGAAUAUCUUGGCAACAAUAGGUUAAAGCUUGGUUUUGGAAAGAGUAUGCCCACAACUUGUGUUUGGUUGGACGGUUUAGCCUCAAACACCACGGAUCAGUAUUUAACCCGUCACUUCUGUCGCUAUGGACACGUUGUGAAGGUUGUCUUUGACAGAAUGAAAGGAAUGGCCCUAAUUCUGUACAAUAACAUAGAAUAUGCACAGGCAGCCGUCAAGGAGACCAAGGGUUGGAAGAUUGGGGGCAAUAAAAUCAAGGUGGACUUUGCAAAUCAAGAAAGUCAGAUGGCUUUCUAUCGUUCAAUGCAGGCAUCUGGACAGGAUAUCCGAGACUUUUAUGAAAUCCUAUCUGAACGAAGGGAUGAGCGCAGACCUCAAUAUGAGUUUCCAGCAGAACGAGCGUUCUAUGAGAAUGUGAGAACCCCUGGAACCUACACUGAAGAUCCACGGCGCAAGUACCCAGCCAGAGGCCGUGAAUUCUAUACCGAAUGGGACCCAUAUCAAGGAGAUUUCUAUGACCCGCGAUACUUCGACGACCCCCGUGAAUACAGAGAGUACAGGGACCCCUAUGAGCAGGAUAUCCGCAAAUACAGCUACCUACAACGAGAGAGAGAAAGGGAGAGGGAGCGCUUUGAAACCGACCGUGAACGCGAUCAUGGACGGAGGACAAUCGAGCGGAGUCAGAGCCCCUCUCAUCCACGACGUCCGGCUAGCCCCACUGCAUCUCCCUCCCUCUCUGAGCGUCCACCAAGUGAUUCAGAUCGACGGGUUUGCGGUCGGUCUUCAGAACAAAGUGAAAGUUGUAGUUCCCUUUCCCCACCUAGAUUUGAAAAGCCUGACAAGGCACGAACUGAUCGCUAUAUCAAAAGUGACAAGCCGGAGAAGGAGAGACUCUUUGUUGAAGCUGAACGUGGGAAUGGGAGUGAAAAGGAGAAGCGAACUGGACGCAAGGAGAAAAGCGAAAAGGAAAAAAGCGAGAAACAGAGGCUGAAGAAGCUGAAGGUGAUGUCACCUAGCAUUCCAUCAUCUGAGACCGACCCUGAACUUGAACGUGAUGUCAGCCCGGAUUCAGUUCUCCGAAGCAAAGCUAUCAAGUUUCUGGCGAAGGAAAAAGAUGGUGCUGGCAAAGGACAGCUGGACCUUCCACCUUGUGUUGUGCAGUUAACAAGAGUGAAAGAAAAGGAAGGCAAACUUAUCGGCCCGACUGUCCAGGAAAAACUGAGGCCAAAAGCAGAGACUGAAAGUCCUGGGCUUGCAUCGCCUACGACUGAUCAGAGGAGUCCUCUCUUCCGCUUGGAACCUCAAAAACCAGAGGUUUCCAAGCAAGGAAAGGUGCCAAAAGACAAAAACAUGGCAAGUCUGGUUGAAGUUGUUGGACUUGAUGUUAAAAUCAAAGCCAAAAAACGUGGAAAAUCUGACCUUGAUGGAUCCAUUUCAAUGGAAUAUGACCGUCUAGCCGCACGCAAGAGGCGUUUUGAGGAGUCUAUGGGGAAGACUGACAGACUUAAGAGACCUAGUCAAGAUGAUGAGGAUGGUAAACUAGGGCUUAGGAAACUAGUUGAAAAUACUUUUGCUAAAGAGACAGAAGGAGACAAAAAUCUUGUGCUGAAAGGGAUACAUAAGAAGGAAUACCGGAAGUCUAAAUCGGAUAGACUGGUUACGGUUCAUAGUCCAAAUGAUGAACCACAAGAGUCGGAAAGUAUCUCUAUGGGAAUGGGUCUCAGUUUGGAACUGCAGUCUCGACUAGGGGAACCGACAGAAGAGGCUGUCGACUAUUUAGAGCCCCCGUGUCUUACAAUGGAAUAUGAAGGAUUGAAAAGCCAGAGUCUCCUUAAUAUCUCUGACAAUGGCAGUCUUUCCUUGGAUGAAGUCGCAGAGAAUCAGACAGAAACAUCAAUAGAAAGUGAAGAUUUAAAACGACAGGUCAAAAGCAUAGAAGAGGGUGAAGAACAGCUUGACUCUGACAUUUACCAUUCUCAGAGCUGUGUGAAACCAAUAGUUCACAGCCAAACUCUUAAACAGAAAAAAGAAGAGUCAGGUAAUUCUGGCAAAUCUGAAAGCCCUCAGGGUUCUGACAUGGAUGACAUCGAAAGGUGUAGUGUCGUGCAUGAGAAAGGAAAACUACCUUAUGAAGCCCUGGAAAAUUCUGUAUCCUAUAAACGGAAAAAAUCGGAGAGUUUAGAUUUUGAAAUUCUCAAUAAGAAAGAACUGAACUACAGGAGUUCCCAAUUAUUACAUGAAGACCUUGACCAACGUAUCACAUCAGCGAUAGGCAAGGAUCAGUUUCCCUCAAAUGAAGAAGAGGAGGCUUCCCAGUUAUCACAGUCAGUCACAACUACAGAGCCUAAAGACUCUUUAAAGGCAGAGGAAAAAGUCUUCUCACGGAUUGAGUCACUGAAAUACGACUUCGACAUGACAGCCAAACAAUUUCCGUCUCCUGAUUCGGAAUGUCCAAAACUCAGGACGACGUUGCUUGGUUGUGAUGAAGAAUUGCUGCAACGGUGGGAGAGACGGAUCAAAUCAGAUUCUGUCAACCUGGACAUGACCUUCCCCAGUAGCAUCGUGAAAAGCGAGGGCAUCCGUAAGCGUCUUGUCCGUGUACUGGAACCAGGGGAGGUGCAGUCAGAUUCGGACGAUGACGGAGAGAACAAACACCAAUCCCCCAAGUCAAGCACCUCACUUUCCUACAUACUCGGGGAACGUGAAGAAAGGUUGACGGACCUAAAGCUUUCAGGCUCUUUGGAGAAGAACAAGUUUUAUUCUUUUGCACUGGACAAGACCAUAACUCCUGACACAAAGGCACUUCUAGAGCGGGCCAGGUCACUGUCAUCCUCAAGGGAAGAUAAUUGGUCCUUUCUUCCCUCUCGCUUUCCAAAUUCCCACAGUUGUUCAGACAAAGAGAAAGUAGAACUGGCACCUCGACCAAUUCCCUCAUGGUACAUGAAGAAGAAGAAGAUUCGUACUGACUCUGAAGGAAAGAUGUGUGCUAAAAAAGAGGAACUCAAGCCACAGGAUCAAGAACGACAGGAGCUGUUUGCUUCUCGUUUUCUUCACAGCUCAAUCUUUGAACAGGAUUCAAGGCGACUGCAACAUCUUAAAGGCAAAGAUCAGGAUUUUGAAACGGGGGUCGACAAGCAUCACGUCAAACAAGGUGCUGUUGAAGGACAACCUGUGGCAGAAGGAGGGGACCUUCCUCAAGAGCCCAUAGUCCUAUUCCAAAGUCGCUUUUUGGAACUUCAGCUAAAGAAAGGAGAGCAGGUUGAGUGUGUCGAUAUGGUGGCUGAAACAGAAGGGCAAAUUGGCAAUAAAGAGGAGUUUUCCAUGACGACUGAACCUGAAAUGCAUUUAGACAUUAAACCUGUGAGUCCCUCACUUAUUCUUCCAGUUUCACCAGUUGUUUUUUCACCCAGAGAGAUGUCCCCACAGCACGAGAAAGAAGCUUUUGUAACUUCAUCUCCAGUGCAAACCAAUUCACUUAUUAAAGAGGAAAAAGUUGAACCUAUUCACGAGGUGUCUCCUCCACAAUCCCCUCCAGAGGUAAAAGAACCAGCUGUCCCCAUUUCAAGUAUAUCUUCUCCUUCGGUCCUGACCGAGCCAGAGAUUAAAGUGGAAACAAAAGAAGACUUGUGCGAGUACAAACCCCAAAAAGAAAAUAAUUUGAGGGAACAUGCAACGUUCUUUGAAGACAAGCCUCUCACUCCUGGCAGUUCUUUAAGUAGUUUUGAGGUAGAACCCAUGGAAUUACACAGUUCCGCUUCUCCUGAGCACAAGUCAAAUAUGGAAGUGGUCAAAACGGAGCCUCAAGCAGAGAAAAUUGAUUCUGUAGACUUUGAGCUGCUACAGAAAUCGGAAACUUGUCAUGAGGUUCUGAUGCCAGUCCUGGAAGCUGAAGUUAAAGCAACACAACCAACCCGCAAACAGCCCAAGAGUAAAAGGGCCAAGUCAAAUGUGUCAGUAACUCAAAAGCCACAAUCCUCUCAAACUGCAGCCCUGGAGAAACCAGCAACACGGAAGAGUGAACGAAUUGACAAAGAAAAACUCAAGAGGGCCUCAUCUCCACGAGGGGAUGUCUCAAAAGCACUGACUGACCCCAAAACGAGUAGUAAAUCACCUAUUUAUGCCCCCGACUCUGAGCAAAACAUUGACGGCAACUCAAUCCACGGAAGGGCUAGGCGCAGAAAUGUUAAAUCAGUAUAUGCGACACAGCAGGAUGGAGAUGCUCAACAAGCUGGCAAAGAUGGAGUGGAGUCAUCUCGCUCCACUCGUAAGCGUGGAGCUGACAAAGAACUUGUGCAGCAAGAUGGACAGAAUCCCGCUACUAACACAAGGCGAGGUCGCCCUCCCAAGGCACGCAAACGGGGUGAAGAUGUAUCGCCAGUAAAAGGGGACCAUCAGAAAACUUCAGAGGAUGACUCUGAUAACAAAGAGCCUGCAAGCACAGGGGAUGUCUCAACAGUUUCUGAGGGUUGGCGUUCACCGCGAACCCUGAAAGUGCAAUCAGCUCCAAAUACUUCCCCCUCUGGAAUCUCAGCUGGCAGGAAGGCAAGCAGGGUAGAUAAACAAUCCGAAAUGAUAUCAACAGAUAAGACCGUUGACACAAUUAUUGAAGAUCCUGAGCUUGAUGCUAAUGACGAGUCUGAGCAGGUGGAACAUAUUUUAGUGGAGGAAAGUAAGAGAACCGCAGUGAUGAAAAAUGAAAAAGACGCAACAGAUCACAUUGAGAAGAAAUCAACCGAAAAGGCCAAGAAGGUGGAAUCAACCAGUGUGGAGAAGAGACAACAAUCUGAAAAGAGUAUCAAAGGUAAAGCCCCAAGGUUGACUCAAAACACUAAACAAAUGACCGAAGAAAAGUCCCACAGCUUAAGAAACCUUGAGAUUCGAGUAAGUGUUGAUGAUGUCAAGGGAUUGCUACCCCCAGAUGAGGAUGAACCUGAGUCUUUAGUGGCUCUUCCAAAAAAGAAUAAACCAGGAACAGCAGAAGAAAAAAGUACCUCUCAUCCUAAAGGGGCAGAUGAGCUUUGCACAGAGGGAAAUGCAGAAGAAAUUACACUUGACGCUGAGCCCCCUGUUGAUCCAGCAGCAGCUCUUUUGGCACGGCAGAUGGAACUUGAAAGAGCAGUUGAAAACAUAGCCAAACUUACACAAGAGCAACCUCCUCAACCCUUUAAGGAACCACCUACAGAACCACCUAUCCUACGUCCUCCUGUCAAAGUGGAGCCAGAAGUUCAAGCAGAGGUUGAGGAGGAAAAGCCGGCAAACCCGGCAAGUGAAACCGAACUGGCCGCUGCCAUCGAUUCCAUAACUGCUGAGGACAUAUCUGCUGAUACAGAUGGAUUUACAGCCCCUCCUACUUACCCUGCACUAAUUCCCACGCCUGAACCACUGGUCUCGCCUCCUUCCAGUGAGGUAAUGGAACCUGAAACGCACACGGUCAUCACCAAUAUAAACGAAAAAGUCUCUGAUGUUAGUGUCAUAAUGCCUCGUGUCAAACCAGAAAUACCUGAUUCAAAGAAAGCAUCUUCUGUGCCAGAGGACCGCCCUUUACCAGAAACCCCCAAGAAGGCCAGCAAAAUCAGAUCCAAGACUCCAAAGAAAUCCAGGAGUCGGAAAGGUGCCAUCAACAGAAAGGGUGAGACUGUUGAAGAGUUGUCAGAACCCACACCCUCCCUUCUGAAGCUACCAGACUCCAUCCCUGAAGAUCUGGAGACCAACUCCAAAGCAGCUACAUUCACAGCCGCAGCAACAACAGCAGCAUCGGUUGUCACCGCAGCUGCUUCCUGCAAACGGGAUAUUAUGUGCACCAUGACCGUUGACACCCCCAAGGAGGCGGAACAGCCUGCUGUGGAGCAACCAGUACCCCAAGAAUCAGCCUUUCACUCUGGCACAACCAGCAUCUCUGUCUGUAAAAAAACAUCAACACAAACAUCAGCCCCUGCUCUAUCUUCAUCUCCAGCCCUCACACCACCUUCAACCCAUUUUAACAUCCCUCCGUCUCGCCCUGGUAAGAUGCCGUUGUCCCCAGACUGGCAUCCAAGAGCUGAAGAGAGUAGAAUCCAUGUUACACCUGCAUCUCAGGUGACUAUUGUUGCUUCCUCGGCACCAACAGUAACGGCUCUUGGGACCCCUACAGGGAAUCCUCCAUUACCCCCUGAUACUAAGGCAUCAGACAUUGAUCCAAGUUCAAGUACACUGAGAAAAAUACUGAUGGAACCAAAGUAUGUGACGGUAUCUAACAGCAACUCGAUUGCCACAACCGUGUUGACGACUACCCUAGCGGACCCUCGCAUGUCAGAGAAUGAAAAUUCUUCUGACACAAGGCACCCACAUGCAGAAGACAGACCGUUAUCUAUGACACUACAGCACACUCCACAAAAACCAUCCCCACUCACUGAGACCCAGCAGAACUUUGGAGAAAAGAUGCACUCAGUUAUUUCAUCCUCUACCACCUCUGUCAUAAGCAGGAUACCGAUGCCUUUCGACACUGACGAAGCCCCACGGAUAUCCCUUAGCAACCGCAGUUCUGGUCUGUGUCUGCCCAAGCAGAAAUUCAAAUCAAGCAUGAAUGAGAAUUACAGAUAUCAUGGCAUAGAGGCAUCAGAUGAUGGAAGUGGUAGAGGGCGUUCUGUAGUGGAGAACAUACCCUACAACACAGGCUCCAGUCCUGGUCUGAGGGUCAACACUUCUGAGGGUGUGGUGGUACUAAGUUACUCUGGUCAGAAAAUGGAGGGACCUCAGCGGAUAAGUGCUAAAAUUAGCCUGAUCCCACAAGCCAGUGUGGGUGACAUAGAAUUUCAGCAGUCAGUCUCCAAGUCUCAGAUUAAACAAGAACCUCUGACCCCAUCCCAACCUACAACACCAAAAGGACAGCCAACUCCCACUGGGUAUGGACAUACUGGUGUGCUCCUUACUGGCCAGUUGUACAAUUCCCAGCCUGUUAUAUCAUCUGUUAAGCAAGAAAAUCAGUGUUCAGAUAAACUUGAAGCUUCGUAUCACCACGGACCCCCAGUUGGUCCAGUAAAGAUGUUCCAACAACCAGUCACUAAUUCUCAAGUAUUGAUUUACAAUCAAGCUGUGAUGCAGCAGCAUGCCAAGAAAGGUCUUGGAGCAGACUCGACAGCAAUGAAGGACCUGGUCAAACCGUCUAACCUCAGCCCAGUCAUGAGCCCACACCACCCAUCUUUGGCUGGGAACCGAAUGAGCCCCAGCCCCAUCACCCCAACUGAUCGGACAGUUCCACACUUAAAGCAAGAACCCAUCUCCCCUCGAACGAUGGGACACUCACCGUCCCCCUUUGCCAAAGCUUGUCCUCCCAACAGUUCCCCCAUUGGCUCUGUGGUCAUGAGUUCUGGCAUGUCUACAAUGUCUCCUUAUGCCCCCAGUGUGCAUCACCCUCACCCAGAGCAGUCAGUCAUAAUGCCACCUCACAGUGUCACCCAGUCGGCGUCCAUAGGCCAUAUCUCACACUGUGAGGUCAGGAUGAACACCCCGCAGCUCUCUGGGAUGAACUACGGCAGGCGAGCAGAUUCCCUGCCAUCGCCCCGCGGACCUCCACAGAGGUCCAUUACCCCUCAACCGGUUAUAAUCAGAGACAUGGUGCUGCAUUCACACACUGGCACAGCCGGGCCACCUCCCAGCAACAACACAGACGAGGACCUCAGGCACUUCCACCAGGCACUACGCCGCCCUUCUGCCCCACAGCUGCAGUCGGAUGUGAUGAUGCUGCAGGCAGAACACAGAGGGCUCCGUCCAGGCCUGCGUCUGGACCAGUACCGGGACAUGCACAUACUCAUGCACCAUCAGCUAGGAGAACAUGGCGCCGCCGAUGCCAGGCAGUCACGCACCCCGGAAGCCGGCGGAAACUCGUUCAGUAACAUCUCUGCGCCUUCUAAGAGUGCUUUGAUGGGGAAAAGUAUGUUGCAGCCUGUCAAAGAAACAUCCAAGCCCUUGGAGGGAAAGAUGUCACACCCACCUCAUGCGGAAAGUAGGAUCAUGGGAGUGCACACGUCUUCUCCCGUCAUGGUGUCUUCUCAUCCUCAAGGGGUUCCUCUGAUGCAUCCAGGCGGCGCAGGAUCCUUUCCUGUGUACCGGGACAUGAGAGGCUUCCCUUCCCAGUUUCCCAACCACCCUUCAAUGGGAUUGAACCUCAACUCCUCUGGAUUAACACCUUCCCAGGUUCAUCAGGAGGGUGAUCUGGGUCACAGGAGCAAGCUGUCUCAGUCACUAUCUGCCGGGCCACAAGGUGGAGGAAGCAAUGCUAAAUCAGACACGGCUCACCUUCGUCACACAGCCACCAUGGACCUCUCCAACAUGUCUCGCAUGCAGAGGGACACUGUCUCACCGUCGUAUCCAUCACCCAUGGCUCUAUCCCACAAGCAAGAACUAACUCUGCAAAAGAGCCAACCAGCCUUCUUGUCCAGCCCCCCAACAACAGCUCUCCCAUCAAAGCUGCGACCUGAGAGUAAAAUAGAGCACUCAGGACACCAGUCCCUUGACACAGUACAGCUUCUAACGAAAUACCCUAUUGUGUGGCAAGGUCUGUUGGCACUGAAGAAUGAUCAGGCGGCUGUCCAGCUUCACUUUGUCUCUGGGAACAAUGUGUUGGCCCACCGCUCACUUCCGCCCCCAGAGGGAGGUUCCCUGCUCCGCAUCGCCCAGCGAAUGAGACUGGAGGGGGUUCAACUGGAUGGUGUGGCCCGCAGAAUGAUGGUGGACAGUGACUAUUGCCUUUUGCUGGCUCUGCCGUGCGGUAGAGACCAAGAUGAUGUACUUAGUCAGACCCACGCCUUAAAGGGAGGCUUCAUCACCUACCUGCAGGCCAAACAGGCAGCUGGCAUCAUAAACGUACCAAACCCCGGCUCCAAUCAGCCGGCUUACGUGGUGCAGAUUUUCCCACCGUGCGAGUUCUCCGAGAUCCACUUGUCACGGCUCGCUCCGGACCUUCUCAACAGCAUCUCCAGCAUCUCUCCUCACCUAAUGAUUGUCAUUGCCUCAGUUUAAUUACCUCCUUUCUCCAGAGCGAAGCCAACACCAGCCUUUGUUGUUGUUGUUGUUGAACUCAUCCAGUUUUGAAGACUGGAAAUGCCUCAUUAUUUCUUUCUUAAAAGGCUUUGACCUUUUUUGUCUUUUAUGAACCAUGUAGUCACACUUAUUUUGCGUCACCAAGUCCUUAAGUCAUCCUUCCACCUCUAAUUCCACAAUUCUUUUCCUUUCCAAGAGUUUAUGGAAGGGUGGAAUGGGGUUUUUUCAUGAUCAAUUCUAUGAUCAUUCAUGUCACUUUUUGCCAUCAUUGGAGGUAAACCGGAUUGCAUGAGGAAAUUUACAGACCAGGAUUAUUAAGGGAUGUUUUUACUCUCAUUGGGGGAAAAAAUAUAUAUUGUGAUUUUUUGUUGUUGAUUUUUUUAUUAAAAACUGAUCUUAUCAGUCAUUGCACUAUGUUAAAGAAAACUUUGUACAGAUUCGAGAAUAAAAUGAUGACGUGUUAUGAAAAGCUUUGCUAGUGCAAGUUGUUAUAAAAAAAAAAAAAAAUCUGCAUUUUGAGAAUCAUGAUAGCUUGAUCAACCCACUUGAAAAAAAACAAACAUAAUCAGCUGAGUUAAUGUUCUUCUACUUCAUUUCCAGAGUCAACUUCAUCUAUCCUCAAUGUUCCUUCCCCAGGAACCUAAAGUGGGUUUUGUGGAGUUGUACAGUUUACACUCAAUGCCUCAACAGGGGACUGUAUGUAAAAAGAAGAUAUCAUUUGUUUAUUUUGUUUUGGCUCCUUUUUAUGCCUAUAGGUGUUGUGAACAAUUGCAAAACUGUAAAUAUUAUAAAUAUUAAGACCUGAAGAGAAGGAAGGAUACUGUGGAUUACUUAACUCUGACAAGCUCAUCACUUUCAACUUUCGUCGCUGGAGUGACAUUGAAAUCUUGGUUCUUCAGAAAUAGAUUCUGUGCCAAAAUGGUCUUUUUUCAGAUAAGAACCCAAUGUAUCUAAAUAACCAGAACCUAUUUUCAUACUUGACUUUGUAUUUGCCACGCAGAUGUUAUCGCCUCUGUUUUGACUACUUUGUAUUUGCAACGCAGAUGUAAUAGCCUCUGUUUUGACUACUUUGUAUUUCUUUUCAUCUGGUCAAUUUUCUGUAAUUACUCAACAUUGUGAAAUUGUCUACAUUUCCAAGAAGUGCUAUGAACAGUUGUAUUUGAUGUUUAAUAUCAAAAUAAUUUCUGAUGCUGUUCGUCAAACUACCAGUUGUCAUUCUCUGUCCUUGUGUCCUCCACUGCCCUCUACUGUUUGAGUUAGCUAUACAUCAGUGUCUGUACAGUACCCUAGUGUAAAAGGCAAUGGCUUAUGUCAACAAUAGCAUGCUUCUUUUGAACUUUCAAAAAGGGUCAAGUUAAUCCAUAAGGCAAGAAUGUGACUUGAAAUCAUGCCGUAAAUGGGUUUAUAAAUCUGUCUCCUUCCUCAGAACUUGUGUGUCCUUGAGCCAAGCUGUAUAUACUUACGCUCUCAAUUUGUGCUCUUGUACUUCCUUCCUUUCCUUAUUGUCUCCUCCCAGGGUCCUCAUUUUGUUUUGUGUGACGAAACAAAGCAGUCUGAAAGAGACAGAAGCUAGGUGUGAACCGAUGCAAGCAAACUACGACUCAGUUUUGUGGUGUACAUAUUUCUUUGACCGCAGACUUGAGUUACAGUCAUGGUUACGUUGAAGGCACUUAUAAUUUUGAUACACAAAUGAAAAGAAAAAUGAAAAAAAAUGAUACAAAAUGAUUAAUGUUAAACUUUGUCUUUUGAUCAAUCUUAAUUUCAUUUUGAGUGUAUUUUGCUGUUCCUCCAUGAGGACAUUUUAAACUGUAAAAUAAAUGGUUGUUUAACAUGCUUCUACAGAUCAUUAAAUGGUCA